GCUCUAUCUGGUCUUCCGUGACUCAUUUUGACAAAUAACUGGGGGGACAAGGCGUGACGGAGUGUGUGUGUUUUCAUUCGGCAGCAUCCAGCUGUCUGGAGGUAACUCUGCCCUUUGCUGGUAGCUGCUUCCCUCCACCGGCCUGCGGUCUCCUUCUGCCCGCUGGAACGUCACCGCAGCGCGGCCGAGCGGCGCGCUUCACCCGGCAUCAGCGGCGGAGCCCCGAAAUAAGGAGUUUACAAAGCCGGAAGUGGACAAACCUCAGCGCCAUGCCGAAUGAACGCUCCCCUCUGAUCACCUCUGGGGUGUGCGGACUGACCCUGACCACAGCAUGCGGCACAGCGUCAGACUCCCCCCAGGAACCCAACGCCGGGAAACCGGCUCAGGACCCGCGGAGGCUGAACACCUUCUUUGGGGUGAUGGUCCCGACCAUCCUCUCCAUGUUCAGCAUCAUAUUGUUUCUGAGAACAGGGUUUGUGGUGGGUCAUGCAGGGUUGCUGCAGGGUCUUUUGAUGUUGGUGGUUGCCUACACCAUCAUAUCUCUCACAGUGCUCUCAAUCUGUGCCAUUUCAACUAACGGAGCUAUUCAGGGUGGCGGAGCUUAUUAUAUGAUCAGUCGCUCUCUGGGACCUGAGUUUGGAGGGAGCAUCGGUUUGAUGUUCUUUUUUGCCAAAGUAUUUGCAUGUGGAGAGUACGUCCUGGGUCUUGUGGAGGCCAUUCUAGAUGUAUUUGGAGCAGAUCCUGAGUCCUCUGUGUCUGAAGGGUGGCGGGUGCUCCCUCAGGGUUACUGGUACACCGUUCUGUACUCCUCUGUGGUCCUCCUGCUGUGUCUCCUCGUGUGCCUGGUGGGCGCCCACAUUUACUCUCGCACGGCCUUCGCCAUCCUGCUGGUGGUCACCGUGUCGCUGUUGUCCGUCUUCAUCAGCACCGUGGCGGUGAAAGCGAAAGACUUCGUCAUUGUCCACAAGGGGCCGGGUAACCAGACGCUCCGCUACAACGCCAGCUACACGGGUUUCAGCGCCACUACGCUGAGGAACAACCUGGGCUCUGGUUACUCUUUGGACUACAGCACCAACUCCGUCAUGUCGUUUGCCACGGUGUUUGCAGUCAUGUUCACCAGCUGCACCGGGAUCAUGGCUGGAGCCAAUAUGUCAGGGGAGCUGAGGACUCCAAGUAUUUCCAUCCCUAAAGGCACCAUCAUAGCAGUCUUCUACACCUUCACUGUCUACGUCCUUCUCUUUAUCUUGGUCAGCGCCACAUGCAACAGGACACUCUUGAUUCAAGACUAUGGGUUCCUACAGCGGAUAAAUAUCUGGCCGCCAUUUGUCACUGUUGGAAUAUACUGUGCUUCUCUGUCAGCGGCAAUGUGCGCUAUGAUCGGAGCUUCCCGCAUCCUCCAUGCGCUCGCUCUGGAUCAGCUCUUUGGGUUGCCCUUGGCCCCAGCGACAAUCAAAUCUAACUCUGGGAACCCAUGGAUGGCGGUGCUGUACACCUGGGGCCUGGCACAAUGUGUGGUGUUUGCAGGGCAGCUCAAUGCUGUAGCAAGUCUGGUGACAGUUUUCUACCUGCUCGCCUACGCUGCUGUAGAUCUGGCCUGUCUGGCUCUUGAGUGGGCGUCUGCACCAAACUUCAGGCCGACUUUCCAGCUCUUCUCAUGGCACACCUGUCUGCUGGGGAUCCUCAGCUGUCUGGUCAUGAUGUUCGUCAUCAACCCCGUAUACUCCUCAGGCAGCAUCGUCCUGCUCCUGGUCCUCCUCCUCUUCCUCCACUACAGGUCACCCACCAGCAGCUGGGGUUACAUCAGCCAGGCUCUUAUUUUCCACCAGGUGCGGAAGUAUCUGUUGAUGCUGGAUGUAAGGAAAGACCACGUGAAGUUCUGGAGGCCCCAGGUCCUGCUGAUGGUGUCCAACCCUCGCUCCUCCAGUCAGCUUAUUCUGUUUGUGAACCAGCUGAAGAAGGGCGGGCUGUACGUGUUGGGUCAUGUGCAGCUGGGAGAUCUGGACUCCCUGCCAUCAGACCCUCUGCAGGCCCAAUACAACUUUUGGCUGAGUCUGGUUGAUAAACUUGGGGUGAAGGCCUUUGUAGAUCUAACUCUGUCUCCCUCAGUCAGGCAAGGAACACAGCAUCUGCUGCGCAUCACAGGACUUGGGGGCAUGAAGCCCAACACACUGAUUUUAGGUUUCUACGACAGCUGCACUCCUGAUGAUUUCUUCCUCCAGGAUUCUGCCUUCUGUCGCUCAUCUGUGGGAGAAAGCAGCGAGUCGGAGUACAAUUUUGGGGUCGACCUGCCUUCACUGCAGGCCCAUUUCCCUCCUGUCCGGCAUGUUGAGAGCACCCGGUGGCUGCUGCCUGAGGAGUAUGUUGGCAUCAUUUCUGAUGCCAUUAAAAUGAAUAAAAACGUAUGCCUCGGCAGAUACUUCUUCCAGCUGCGGGGAGAAGAUAAAGACAGCAAAGUGGACGGAUCUGAGCGGAUAAUAGACGUGUGGCCUCUCAACCUGCUCCAGCCAGGUUGCCAGGACUACCAGGACGUGUGCAGCCUGUUCCUGCUGCAGAUGGCCUGUGUGCUCAACAUGUCCAGCAAAUGGCGUCACGCGAGGAUGAGGAUCUUCCUAAACGUGGAGACUGGCUCCUGUGACCAGGGCUGGGUGGUCAACGAAGAGACGUUUCGGGAGCUGCUGAGGAAGCUGAGGAUCAGGGCCUCCAUAAAGAUUGUGUCGUGGGACUCUGUGGUGCAGCACUACGCCUUGCCAGAGGGGGAGCGUUGGGGAGAGCACGCUCCGGGGUUAUCUGAGGACUUCUUGUCUGCAGUAAAUUGCAUGCUGAUGGAGCACAGCUCUCAGGCUGCUGUUCGCUUCCUGUAUUUACCUCGGCCCCCUGCUGGCCGCAACCAGUCACAGCACUACUUGGCUGAGCUUGAAGCGGUGACAAACGGUUUAGGGCCUACACUGUUGAUUCAUGGGGUCACCCCUGUCACAUACACCGAUCUCUAAGCUGGUUUUGUCUCUUUAAUAAUGUAAAUAUCACAAAUUUAUUUCUUUGUUGAAUUAAAUCUAAGAGGUUCCAGUUCAGCAUCUAAUAUUAUUUAAAAAUGCUGUUCUGCAGUAUUUGUUUGUUAACAGCUGGAUUCUUUUCUCAGAAACGGUCCAGAUUCAGGCACAGCUUGAAGUGUAACAGGAAACAUUCCUUUUUUAUAAACUUGAAAUGGCUCUGAUAGCCCCAGAAAAAGGCUUCGAUAAAACAGUUGCAGUAAUUGUAAUUCUCCUAAGAACCAACAAGGGAAAUAAAAACCUUAAAAGAUGAGUUAUAAACAAGCCUUUUUUUCUUUAAAGCUGCAUCAUUCCCUCCAUGACUAAGUUUUCCUUUCAAACCUCAAAUGUUUUAUGUUCCAUCUUUCAAUUUUCCUGUUAUUUAAUGGAAAUACCACAGUUGCAAAACUUUGUAUUUUUUUAUUUAGCAGAAUUAUAGCAUUAUUUUUGCCAAUUUGUAAAGGAAACAAAGCCAUUGGCAGUUGUUUAUGCAACUAUGUGAAAGGUUGGAUAUAAAGAAAAAUACAAAAUGUAUAGAUGAACAAGUAGAUAUGAAGCUACAAAAGAAAUGAUGAAAAAUAAAUGAAUUAAAUGUAUAUAAACAGAAGGGUUAAUUCACUGGGCAGGAUUUUUCAGUCCAUCAAGCAGUCACUGUACUGGGCCACAACUGGUAGUGGAAGUCAUUCAGCCUUCCCAGGUGUAGCAGAACUGGUUGCCAUGUACAGUAGAGUGUAUUUUUUGUGUAGCCUCUUGUGACAUGGAGGAUCUUUUCUAAGGUAAGAGUUGAGAAUAUGAUGACAUGAUGGGUUCAACAUGACCGCUGAAAUGAGCACCAAGUGGAGCGAUGCCAAAGAAAUGGCCAAAGGUUAUAUAGAUAUGGAGAAACUAUCACAGAGAAACUAAAUAUUGAUUGAGUGGUCAGUCAAUCCUACACGUGACCAAAACGUGUGAGAGCUUUGCUGCUGUUUGUCUGCAUUGGUCACAGGAAGAGUCAAUAUAUGGUUUAAAUUUAACUUAACAUUAGAACAUGCCUAAACUCGCCCAUCCACGGCAGCUGACCUACAGGUUUUAGAGGUUUCCCUGCUUCAGCACAGCCGAUUCUGACAAUUAACUACCAAUGGAGUCCCACCUCUGACCUAUACUGUAAUAUGAUGCCAACUGUAACUAAGAGGGUAGGGCCUGGGAAACGUUCACUACCCUCGCAAGGUGGCAUGUGUAUGGACCUGACAAUUCUAAUAUAAAAUAAGAACAAAGAUAUCCAGAGUAAUCUUGAAUUUUUAACUAUACUAUGUUGAAAAUGGAUUAAGUAGUGGAAGAUCCCACAAGCAGCUGAAUCAUUCGGAAAUCACGAAAAACCACCAAGUUUGUUCCAAAGUAAGAUGCUGAACUAAGAAGCACACAGUUUCUAGGCUACAAGACGGUUAUGUAUGUUGUCAGGAUUAUAAAAAAAGUAAAUCACAAGUGCAUUGGGGUCACCUAUGUUUAUUGACUAUGAGCUUUUAUAAUGCUUAACGAGCAUAUUUUACAUUGAAUGUCCCACUUGCACAAUUCAAUGGCCACGUGUGCAGCGUGAAGCUGACACCCUGCUUAGUGAAAAAAAACCCAGCAAAUAGACUGAAUGAUUAGGGAUUCAUCAGUGCAGGUUUAUACUGUUAAAGUUAUUAUAUCAGUUUAUUUCAGAAAUAUUAAAUAUAGUUAUUAGGUCAUCCAGAGGUCAACCAUUACCCAUUUAAGAGGCAGCCAGGUUUACAUUUCUGUAUUAAAAAUCCUCAUUAGCUGUUGUCCAGAAUCAUAGGAAUUUGUAAACAAAUGCCAACAUGAUCACUCUGAGUAAUCUAGUUUCACUUUCGGAAAUACAUUUCUGAAAAUAUUAUUUUUUAGUGAUGCUUUAAGUGAGGUGCAGCUGUGCUUGUUAUAUCCCAUUCUGUCAUCUUUGUAACUUCAUUAAUACUGAAGGAAACUAACCGACCAAUAAGACACAAAACCAGGAUCUGUAAAUUAAUAAAAAAUUUAUAAUAUGUCUGUAUUUAUGUGUAUUUU